AACAACAACAACAUCUACAACGACUACUGCAACGAUGAUGAUGAUGAAUGAAAAAUUGACAAAAAAAAGUCACAAGAAUAAAUGGUCCGUAAAUAGUGAAGGAAAUCAUAAUCAAUUACCGUAUCGAUUGAAUUGUUCAAUGGACAAAAUGACAAUACAGGUAAAUCUUUCAUCAUUAUAUGGACCAACAUUAUCGAAUAGUAGCCGUAAUCAAAUGGCCAAUGAUGAACCAUAUGUUUAUCUGGAAAAACUUCGUUCAUUUUCGAUUUGUCGACCAAAAAUGGAAAAAUAUGUGGCCACAUUUCAGCUAUCAUUACAGGAUGAUUUUUAUCGUUGUGGUACAACAAAAGUUCAUGAUCAAAUUACCGGUACACGUAUCUUUUAUAAUCGAAUUGUUGUUGAAUCCAAAUAUGAUGGAACUGGAAUCGGACAACGAUCAAUUUAUUUUAAAUGUUCACAGCCAAAUCUUGAUCAAUUACUUGGAUUUAAAGUGGAAACUAGCCCAUUAGAUGAUGAUGAUGAUGAUCAAGUUGGAAAUAGUUCAACUCAAGCAUCACGAAUUAAACGUGAAUCAUCAUCAUCAUCCGCUUGGAUUCAAGAUUCAAAUGGGCGUCUAGUAAAUUUUACUGAAAUUGAUUUACCAGAAAAUUUUAUGGAAGCCGAAGUAUUGGAUUUUACCGAUAAUAUUACGGCACGUGCUCCAUAUCCGCAUUUAAAUCUUAAAGUUAAACGUAAUGGACGAUUUGUUAAUCAAUCAUUGAAUGUUGCACCGGGAACACCAUUGGAAAUGAUUAUUUAUCUGGAUGAUGAAUCCAAACAUGUAUAUGGCCUAUUGGCUAGUUUUAUGAAAGUAACUGAUAAUUCAAAUCGUCAACAAGAAGUAAUCGUAUUGAAUGGUUGUUCUAUUGAUCCAUAUAUUUUUGGUAAUUUUAUAUCCAAUGAUGGUGGUGAUUCAAUAUCGGCACGAUUUCGUGCAUUUAAAUUUCCUGAAUCAAAUUAUGUAAUGUUUAUCGGUACGGUUAAUGUUUGUCUUGAUAAAUGUCAAGAAGUACCAUGUGGUAAUGGAAUCUAUGCACUUGGUCGUCGUCGUCGUAGACGAUCAUUACCAAUGGAAAUGCCAAAAGAUCCAAAUAAAGUAUUUGAAAUUGAAAUGAUGGCCUAUCUACGUAUUGGUUAUAGUGAUGAAGAAUUAGCAGCUAAACAUAUACAUAGACAAUCCAUCAUACAGGCAACAGUUACAAAUGCAACGGAAAUGAUUAAUACAGAAUCCAUAAAAAAUUCACCAAUAGUUGCACAUUUAAUUGAUGAUCACCGAACGUCAUCUAUGAAUAUUGUUUCUGAUGCUCAAUUCGAAUCAUUGACAAGUUCCUCGUCAAGUUCGUUGAUGAUAGAAUCAUCAAUUUUUAAUAAUGCAAAACAUUAUCAUCAUUUUAUAAUUGUUUUUAUGAUAAUUUUCAGGAUU